AUGGCUUCCCUGUGUAACCCAGACUCGGCGGCCGGGGCAGGCAGCCGCGUGUGCCCGGGACCCCAGCCGCGCGCGGCCCGCAGCCCACGGGUCCCGGGCAGCCCGGGCAGGUGCGCGGCGGGCGCGGCUCCGCGCUGCGUCGGGAAGCACCACCUGUUCCCCCGAAGCCCGCGCCCGCGCCCCCGGAGCGGCCGGCGUCCUCGCCCUGCUCCCCCGGGCCCGCCCGGCCCCCGUCGGGUCCCCUACCUUGUGGCCCUUCCCCGGGGGGCACUUGACGUUGUUGGAGGCUCCCGCUGUUUGAUUCAUGUCCGCAGCGAGCUGGAGGCCGGUGCUCCACGUUGUAAACUUCCUUGGCGCGCGGAGGGCGGCGAGGUGGGCGCUCCCCUCGGGGCCGCGUCCUCCCGCGGCGGCUCUAGCCGGGCCCCGCGCCGGGGACGGUGCAGCCGCAGCCCGCGGCGCCGAGGAGGGCGGCAGUUCAGGCGCCUGGCACCGCCGGCGCGCGUCCGCCCCACGGAGCUCCGUCCGAGCCGCCGCGCAGAUUCUCCACCCGACAGCGACCUUCCGUGGGGCAUUUCCCAGCCCAGGUGUGCACACUUUGCGAUCUGCAGCUCCUGUGUGGAGGUGGCACGCGCUGCAGGUGCUGCACAGAGCGCCCGGGGAGCACCUGGUCCUGACAUAUGGUAGGAUUCUACUCCUUAUGGUAGGCACAAGUCCUAAUCGAUGGAAUUCUCCUCCAAGAUGCUCUUGUCUGCGACCCACAGAUAAAAGUGUGCAAGAUUGUGCUGCACCCUCAGCCUGAGUCCUGGGUGACCAUAUAAGUAGUCUUUUCUCCUUACCCACGAUGGACAUGAAUGAAGAAUAAAACUGCAUUUUA